AUGGGUUUUGGUUUGCUUGGUGUUAGAAGAGCAAGACAAGGAGUUUCGAAGAGUGCUGAAGUUCCAAAAGGAUAUCUUGCGGUGUAUGUGGGAGAGAAAAAGAAGCGGUUUGUAAUUCCUAUUGGAUGCUUGAACCAACCUUCAUUUCAGGACUUGCUGACAAAAGCAGAAGAAGAAUAUGGGUACCACCAUCCAAUGGGUGGCCUUACAAUUCCUUGCAGAGAAGAUGUCUUCCUGAAUAUCAUGUCGGUUCUCACUUGA